AUCUUCCAUCUCUCGACAACGCACCCCAACCCAUCGCCCGCAGGCCAUGACACAGCACCCCCCAUAAUACCUUCUCUAUCACUCUCUCUAUAAUUCCACUUUCGCUCCAUUUUCGGCCUCUCUUCUGUCUCGCCCGCACAACACGCACCCAAGGCCGUCAUCGACUCAUCACCUACGCGUCGCAAUCCGCGCACAUCCCCCUCACCAUCCAUUUCACCAUGUCGCUGUCCACCUCUUCCUCCACCUCAUCCUCCUCCUCUAGCGUAUCCAACCUUUCAGUCAUUGACGAAAAGAUGGAAAUGUCCUCGCCGCCCACAGACCUUCUUGUCAGAGAUUUCGGUUGGCCGUCAGUUUCUCCUCGCUACCACGGCGACCACACUCAAGAAAGCAACCCGGACUGGGACCACGACCCGCUUGAAUGCGAAAAGGCAAAGGCAGAGGCCUUCGAGAAGAUGGAGAGGAGCUACGCCCUCUACAUGGCCAAUCUUGGAAAGCGGCCGCCGGUGCAGAAGAAGAAGGCUGUUUGGGCUCGAUUCCUGCCCUGGGUGCGUUAAACCUGCACUUUUAUUGACCGCCCCAUCGCAUGUGUGCGAACGAUACCAAUGCGAGGCUUUGCAGAGACAUGUUGUCGCUAAAACAAAUUCCUCGCAGCGCCUAUUCGCAACGUCGCCUCGACGACGACCUGGAUACCCGUUUGAUUACCAAAAAACAAUUACCCCAAGAUACCCAUUGAUACGAAAAAGAAAGAAACAAAACGCCGACAACUGCAUUGAGGACAGAAAGGAAGCAUUGCCGACGCAUACCCUGGUCCACGCAUGGAUCGGAGGCUGCACGGAGUCUAGAUCCGGCCUGCCGAGCCAUGGUGACGAGGGAAGGUGCGGGGCUGGAGUCCACCUUGCCGCAUACACUGCAAACAAUCUUUGAUACCCGUUUCAUUGUUUCUUUUGUCACAAAAGCCCUGUGCUUUACUCUACGAUC